AUGCCCAAGGCAGUUGCGAUUGCCUUCCUCCAUUCGCUAGCCGUCGCGGCGACCGGCGAUGCGGAGCCUGUGGCGGACAACAUCCUCAUGCAGAUCAGUGUUGGAAGUACGUGGCCACGUCCACAGGCUGAUUGCGCAGGGAUCCGCACAACCUUCGACGCUGGCUUUGGGGGCUGUGACGUGUACACUUCGAGCCGCAACAACCACCAAUUCUGCCACAGAGACUUCGACGAGGGCCAAGGCUUCUACGCCGCGCAGGUGUGCUCCGAGUGCCUCGUUUGCCAGGCGCUGCCCCAGGAUGGCGAGAAGGCGGCCGAAGAGUCGGCGGUCGAGCAGGCGGCGAAGCUGAAGCGCGACGCCGAGCAGGAGAAGGCUGAGGCGAAGGAAAACAAGGCGGAGGCCGAGCGCGAGGCCACGGAAAAGGCCUGGCAAGAGGAGAAGGACAAGAAGUUGGUGCUGGUGUGGCCAAGAGGUGCAGCAGCGCAGCAGCAAGUGACCUCGAGAGGGGAACGCGAAGCGAAGGAGGAGGAGAAGAACAAGGCUCUCCAGGAGGCCACGGAGGCCGAGAACGGGGCCCAGGAGGCCAAGCGCAGGGCCGAGGAGGGCAAGCGCGAGGCGGAGGCCGCGGCCGUGCGCCGGACGCAGGCUGAUGCCGCUAAGCGGCAGGCGGAGGAGGCCGAGCGCAAGGCCGGGCCCGAGCAGCGCAAGGCGGAGGCCGAUCGCAAGGUGCAGGCCAAUGCCAAGCGCAAGGCGGAGGCCGAGGGGGCGGCCAAGGAGAAAGACGAACAGAGGGCGGAGGCCGAGCGCAAGGCGGAGGCCAAGGCAGAGGCCGUGGCCGCGCGCUUGGCAGAGGCCGUGCGCAAGGCGCAGGCGGCGGCGCAGGCGGCGGCGAAGGAGGAUGCUGCGGCGAAAGCGCCGAAGGCGGCGAAGGAAGAGCGCCCCAGCUUCGAGCCGCCCACGCUGCCAGCCGCUCGGCACUGGCGGGACGAGCAGGACACCGCGCAGGAGGAGGUUGCACAGCAGAAAUUUGCUCGGAAGGAGACUGCCGCAAAAGCCGUCGGCGACCCCCAUUUGGUGAACAUGCACGGACAGCGCUUCGACAUACUGAGGGAGGGCAAUCACACGCUGAUCCAGAUUCCCAGGUAUGCAGGACCCAGAGCCACCCUGCUGAAGGUGGACGGCGAGGCUCUGUACAUGGGCGGCGCCUGCGCGGACAUGUACUUCCAUUCCAUCGCCGUAAAGGGCAAGUGGGCAGAAGACUUAGCGGACAUGCUGAGCAAAGGGCAGAGUCGCAGCGAUGGCUUCGACUUCUUUACAAACGUAGCUCCCAAGAGCAAUAGCACGGAUUGGAUGCGGUUCGGAAACAAGUUGGAUUUGAAGAUUGUCUGGGGCAGGACAAUCACUGGCGUCCGCUACCUCAACAUCUUCGUCAAGCAUCUGGCCGCUGUGCAGGCCUCAGUCGGUGGUCUCCUCGGCGAGGACGACCACUCGACCAUCGCGACUCCACCGGCGGGGUGCGGGCGCACGAACUCCCUCUUGUCUAUCGGGAGCCGCAUGGGCGCGGGCGUGUCGCAGGGCGACGGCACUUUCGACGAGCUGGCGCAGGUGACGCACGAGUUCGACUACCAGUGA